GGUUCUUUUAAUACAUUUCCUUUUCUUACCACUGUUUCUCUCACAAUCACUCUCUCUUUCUACACAUUUCAAUGGCAAUUACAAACACUGAUGAACACAACAGUGUGAGAUCAUCGAUCAUGGAAUGGAAACAAAUGCACCCACUUCACCAAAUAGCCGAAACACCAACCCACAAACUUCUCUUAAAGCAAUGGCUCAAAGAAGAAGAACUCAUCAAUGGUCGCAUAGCAUUAAAAGAGACACAAAUUGAUUCAAUUCGAAAAGAGAUCACAAUGCUCUACAUUUUCUUCUUCCUCUUUCACUCCACAACUCUCAUGAUCCUCUUCAACUCUUCCUCCUCUUCAACAACACCGACCCACCUCGAUAAAGCGUGUCACAAAUCGUGGGUCCCGUCGCUUUGUUCUUUAUUGUUUUCAUUGGGACUUAUAUGGGCUUUGAGGUAUAAGAGUGAUGUAGAGGCUCAUAUGGAGAAGAUGCUUCAGAGGGAGAAAGAAGAUAGGGGAUUGUUGAGGAAAUGUGUGGAGGAAUUAAAGAAGAAAGGUUUGGAAUUUGAUUUGUUGAAAGAAGUUGAUGCUUUGAGAAGAGCUAAGAGUUUGAGGGUUGAAAAUAAAGAGGUUAGGAAAUGGUCUUCAAGGGAUUUUGUUUCUCUGUUUUUUUUCUCAAUGGCUUGUUUGUCUCUUGCUGUUAUAAGGGUUAUCUUAUGUAGCUAGAGAUUUGAAAUCGAAAGAUGGGUUUUUUUUCCUUCUCAAUUAGGUUUUGGUGAUGGAUUCGUUGUUAUUGUUAUUGAUCGGGGAAGAUGCAGAAUGUACUGUUCUGUUUUUAAUUUUUUUUUUUAUUUUUUUUUAUGUAAUUUGGGAAUAUCAUGUUAAAUUCAACAAACUAUAAUAAAAUAACUUUUUUUUUUU